AUGCCAUUUUUCACUCUUCCCAUAUGGAUUCUCAUCCUAAGCGCUACAUUAUCCACAGCCGCUACUCUUCCUACUCAACCCAAUGCCAUCGCACUUGCCGCGUACCCAGCCCAGAUCGCCGCCAGAGACGUCGCCGAGAACGGGAACGCCGUCUCGAUCGCCACGCCGUCGGUUCUACUUCGUCGCACAUUUUGGCCAGGUCGACCAAACCUUCUGGGAGGGGAUAGGAUGGCAUAUAAGCAGGCUCAGAUGAAUAAGAAGAAGAAGGCCUCUGACGAUGCCACAGAAUUGGAGGACGAAGCCUAUCGUUUCUAUCUCUCAGGUACCUAUACCAGGGAAGAUAAGGAUAUUAUAGAAAUGUGGCUGGCAAACCGGGAGGAUAAGGCUAAUGCGUUGUGGGCCAAGUACACUGCUGCACAGCGAAGGUUUCAGAGAGCCCAGGAGAUGGCUAAGAAGAAGGCGGAGAAGGCUGCGAAGAAGGCUGCGAACAAGGCCGCGAACAAGUCCAAGGGCGAAGGGUCCGAGGUUCUGAGCCGCUCUACCGUUUGGCCAGGCUUUCUGGGGGGAGGGGAUACAGUGGCAUAUAGGCAGGCUGAGGCUGCUAAGAAAGCCCAGGCCUAUAAAGAUUCCCAGAAAAAAGUGUCGGAAGCCUAUUAUGCGUGGCGGAAAGUUAGCGACAAAGAUAAGGAUGCCAAAUAUAAGACAUAUAUGGACAUUGAGAAUGUUGCCAAUAAGCUAUGGCAGAAGCAAUUAGCUGCACAGUACAAGCUCCAGAAAGCCCAGCAGAAGGCAGCGAAGAAGGCAGCGAAGAAGGCUGCGAAGUCCAAGGGCAAA